AUGAACGCCAAUAUUCUUCCGAUUACGUUUGGUAUGCUGGGUCCUUUGCUCUUUGGUCUCAAUCUCCGCGACUCGUCCCUGGUUAUUCUCUUCUUCGCGUUGCUAUCAAAGCUAGCUCCGGCCUUUCUCGCAACGUUUAGUCCUAAAACGGGUAUGCGCUCGAUGAUACAAGCACGAUACAGCUUCGGGCGCUACCUUGUAUCGGUGCCAGUCGUCCUCAACCUAGCUACAUUAACUGGGUUCUGUGUAAUUAUCUGCGUCGUUGGUGGCCAGUGCCUAUCGGCCGUCACCAACGGUGCUCUCAGUCCAGAUCUGGGCAUCGCGCUCAUUGCAAUACUAUCCUUAUUCAUCUCAUUCUACGGGUUCAAGGUAUUACACUUCUAUGAGACGUACGCCUUCAUUCCAGCAGUAAGCACCAUUGUGAUCGCCACUGGAUGCGGAGGUUCUAGACUGGCUGAACAAGCUGAGAUAGCCCCAGCAACCGCAUCUGCAGUUCUGAGCUUCGGCAUGAUUGUUGCAUCAUACAUGAUUCCGUGGGCCUGCAUUGCUUCAGACUUAACAACCUACUUUGACCCAAAGGUCCGCUAG